UUGCUUAUGUUGGCAAUCAAAGGAAAAAGAGCCGGAGAAAGCCACCGUUUAAUAAGGCCGUUGGUCAGUUAGUGAAAGGUCUACAGUAAACGAGGAGGGGUAAAGGAGGGGAUUUUCCCCCAGAAAGUGGAAAGGGAUCAAAUCUUUCGCUCGGCUCCUGAGGGAUGACUGGGAAUGAAGGCGAGAGAACUCUUUUCGGAUUCUGUGACACCUUCAAUAUUGACACCAAAAGGCCCCGAAUCAUACCAGGCUCUAAAGAAGCGUACUUUGGCUACACGGUGCAGCAGCAUGAAAUCGCUGGGAAGAAAUGGCUGGUGGUGGGAGCCCCCUAUGAAACCAAUGGACAGCUGAAGACUGGAGACGUCUACAAGUGUCCGGUGAAUGGCGAGACUAACGGCAACUGCACCAAACUCAACCUAGGAAGAGUAACACUCUCCAAUGUGUCAGAGCGCAAAGAUAACAUGCGUCUUGGCCUGAGUCUGACCACAAACCCCAAGGACAAGAGCUUUCUGGCUUGCAGCCCUCUCUGGUCCCAUGAGUGCGGAAGCUCUUACUAUACCACAGGAAUGUGCUCCAGGGUGAACUCCAACUUCAGAUUCUCGAAGACCAUCGCUCCUGCUCUCCAGAGAUGCCAAACGUACAUGGACAUAAUCAUCGUUCUGGAUGGAUCGAACAGCAUAUAUCCCUGGGUUGAAGUGCAACAUUUCCUGAUAAACAUCUUGAAAAAGUUUUACAUUGGGCCUGGUCAGAUACAGGUUGGAGUUGUUCAGUAUGGAGAAGACGUCGUGCAUGAAUUUCAUUUAAAUGACUACAGGUCUGUAAAAGAUGUGGUGGAAGCUGCUAGUCACAUAGAGCAGAGAGGAGGUACAGAAACCAGGACAGCAUACGGGAUAGAAUUUGCUCGCUCAGAAGCCUUUCAGAAAGGUGGGCGAAAGGGAGCAAAGAAAGUGAUGAUUGUAAUAACCGAUGGGGAAUCCCAUGACAGCCCAGACCUGGAGAAGGUGAUUGAAAACAGUGAGAAGGACAAUGUCACCAGAUAUGCUGUGGCAGUUCUGGGGUAUUAUAAUAGAAGAGGAAUCAACCCAGCAGCAUUUUUGAAAGAAAUAAAAUUUAUAGCAAGUGAUCCAGAUGACAAGCAUUUCUUUAAUGUCACAGAUGAAGCGGCACUUAAGGAUAUUGUGGAUGCACUGGGAGAGAGGAUAUUUAGUUUGGAAGGUACCAACAAAAACGAAAUCUCCUUUGGACUUGAAAUGUCCCAGACUGGAUUUUCAUCACACAUUGUGGAAGAUGGGAUUUUGCUUGGGGCCGUAGGAGCGUAUGACUGGAAUGGAGCAGUGCUCAAAGAAACCAGCAGUGGAAAAGUCAUUCCUCAUAGGGAAUCGUAUCUCCAGGAAUUCCCGGAGGAGCUGAAGAACCAUGGCGCAUACCUAGGUUACACCGUCACCUCAGUGAUGUCUCCAAAGCAUGGAAGGAUUUAUGUAGCGGGAGCUCCCAGGUUCAACCACACUGGGAAAGCAAUUAUUUUUACAAUGCACAGCAACAGAAACCUAACUAUUCACCAGUCUUUGAAAGGAGAACAGAUUGGCUCCUACUAUGGAAGUGAAAUAAAUUCCAUCGACAUUAAUGGAGACGGGAUGACAGAUAUUUUGUUGGUCGGUGCCCCCAUGUACUUCAGCGAAGGCAGAGAGAGGGGGAAGGUGUACGUCUACGUUCUAAAAGAGGACCGGUUUGUUUUCAACGGAGCUCUGAAAGAUUUGCAGAGCUACCAGAAUUCUAGAUUUGGCUCUUGCAUUGCCUCUGUCCGUGAUCUGAAUCAAGACUCCUACAACGAUGUUGUCAUUGGUGCUCCUUUGGAAGAUGACCACCAAGGAGCAAUAUAUAUCUUCCAUGGCUUCAAAGAAAACCUCCUGAAGAUGUAUAAGCAGAGAAUAGCAGCCGCAGACCUUCUUCCAGGCCUGAUGUAUUUUGGAUGCAGUAUCCACGGACAACUAGAUCUAAAUGAAGAUGGCCUCAUAGACCUAGCAAUUGGCUCCCUUGGAAGUGCUGUGCUCUUAUGGUCCCGCAGUGUUGUCCAGGUCAAUGCCAGCAUUCGGUUUGAACCAUCCAAAAUCAACAUCUUUAACAAAGACUGCAAGCGAAAUGGGAAGGAUGCCACCUGCAUGUCUGCAUUCGUCUGCUUCACUCCAGUCUUCCUCUCGACUCAUUUUCAGACGGCAAGUGUGGGAUUAAAAUACAAUGCAACCAUUGACGAGCGAAGGUACACGCCACGGGCUCAUCUGGAUGAAAAUAGCGACCGGCACACUCAUAGGCUGGUCACAUUGUCUGCAGGACAAGAACACUGUGACAAGCUAAAUUUUCACGUCUUGGACACAGCAGACUAUGUGAAGCCUGUGACAUUUUCAGUCGAAUAUGGGCUGGAGAAUCCUGACUAUGGUCCCAUGAUGGAUGAUGGCUGGCCAACUGCAUUUAAAGUCUCUGUGCCUUUCUGGAAUGGAUGCAAUGAGGAUGAACACUGUGUCCCUGAUCUGGUCCUUGAUGCUAAAAAUGAUAUUCCAACUGCCACGGAGUAUUGCAGAAGAGUACUGAGAAAGUCACCGUCGGAUUGCGCCGCCUACACACUAUCUUUUGAUACCUCCGUUUUUAUCAUAGAGAGCACGAGGAGGAGGGUGGCUGUAGAAGCUACACUGGAGAACAAAGGCGAAAAUGCAUACAGCACUGUCCUAAACAUUUCCUUCUCGAGAAAUCUGCAGUUUGCUAGCUUGAUUCAGAAGGAUGAUACAGACGUCAAUAUUGAAUGCAUGAAUGAAGAAAAGCGCCCCAACAAGAAGGUGUGCAAUGUUAGCUACCCCUUCUUCCGAGCCAAAGCAAAGGUGGCUUUUCGCCUGGAUUUCGAAUUCAGCAAAUCUAUUUUUCUUCAAAGCAUGGAGAUCUAUCUAACUGCCAACAGUGACAGCGAAGAACAGGAAAGUACCAAAGAGGAUAAUGCUGCUCUCCUGAAUUUUCACCUGAAAUACGAAGCCGACCUCCUUUUCACCAGGAGUUCGAGUCUGGACUACUAUGAAAUCAAGUCAAACAGCUCCCUGGGGAGAUACGACAGCAUCGGCCCUCCCUUUAAUUGCACAUUUAAGCUGCACAAUCUGGGGUUCUUUCCUGUCGACGGCGUGACUAUCAAAAUCACAAUCCCAGUAGCCACAAGAGGAGGGAAUCGCCUUCUGCUGCUGACUGAUUUCAUUGUGGAUCAGGAAAACACGACGUGUAAUAUCUGGGGAAACAACACUGAUUACAGAAGGACACCCGCUGAGGAGGACCUUUCCCGUAACCUACAACUGAACCACAGUAACUCGGACGUCGUGUCCAUUGACUGUAAUGUGAAAUUAGCAUCCAACGAAGAAAUCAACUUUCACUUACGUGGCAAUCUGUGGCUGGAGUCACUGAAAGCACUGAAGUUCAGGUCACUGAAGCUCACGACGAACGCAGCUCUGCAGCGACGGUUUCGCAGCCCCUUCAUCUUUCGGGAAGAGGACCCCAGUCGCCAGAUAACGUUUGAAAUCUCCAAGCAAGAGGAGUCCCAGGUCCCGAUCUGGAUCAUCCUAGGCAGCACGCUCGGAGGGCUCCUGCUACUCGCGCUCCUUGUCCUGGCUCUAUGGAAGCUUACGGAGUAUAUGUCUGUCUUGAUGCUGAGGGAUGUGGGUGUGGAACUCCGUUUGCAUCGAGAUGAGAAUACACCCCUUUGUGUGAAAUUAUCUAAAUAAAACCGAUUCGCUGGCUAUAUGCCACAGGAGCACAAGCAUCAAAAGGUACUUCAAACUGGUUUUAAAUAGCUCUGUUUUGCCUAGUCAGAGGCAGCUAUGCAAAUCUGAGAGAGAGAGAGCGAACUAAGGGCAAUAACAGAAUAGGGGUGGUCAUUAUGAUUAAUGUUUUCAUGCUGGGGAUUGCAAGUUUAAUGAAAUGCUACAGCUCUAAAAAACAAGCCAGUCAGAUUAAUUGUGAGAGCUGUGAGAUUAGGGUGAAAUCUCAGGAGAUUUACAGUAGCUAAUUUUCAUGCCUGAGUUGUAUAAAAUCCCACUGAUUAAUUGCACCUCCUGUUCUUGAACUUCUUAAUCGGCAUUAUGGGUGGGAUUUGAGAGACGUUCUAGCUAAAAGGCAUAGAAAGUCUAUUUCCCAACUGUUAAGCUGUAGCAACAGUAAACCUGCAUUUAUUGUUUGUUCAUUUAAAUGGCCUCACACUCUGUGAGUAAUGUGUGUUCAAAAUGUAGUGUUCAAAAAUCGUUUGAGGGGAUGGCCCUUGUGCAGAGCACUCCUUUGCUGCUGCUACUGCUACUAAACAGUACUUCUGAGAUACCUCAUAUUAAAGGGUAACAUUUGGAUUAUUCAAACUAGGCGGACUUGUCAGUAAAAUGCCACAUGUGAAUUCUCCAAGUGCAUGAUUUGCCUGAGGAAAUAAGAUUUCUCCAGUGAGGAAGAAAGAGACAAAAAAUCCUGUCCAGAUAGUAAACAGAUCAAUUGAACAAAUUACACAUUUGUUAAAUUCAUGUUGUGCAUCAAAAUUUAAUAAUGCAGGGUUCAGUGGAGCGCCCGUUGAAGCAAAGCGGAGCUGGCUCAGGCCAAUACAAAGCCACAGAUCCCCAAGUGUUUUACAUUUUCUGAGUGGAGAGUUUAAUACAGAGAUUUUAAUUUGCUUUCUUUUUAAUGCACUGAAUACAAUUAAUAGCAAAUUAAAGCACCUUAAUGCAAAACUUCAGUGUCCAGCUGUAUAUACUUAUUCUGAAAAUAUUUACCUGUUUAAACACAAAAGAACAUCAAAAAACCAGUUUGAAGUGUUUUCUACAAACUGUGCAAUUUCAAAGAGUAUACGUGCAACAGGAAUCCAAACAUGUAUUAUAAUUGUAUAUACUUUGUGUAAUGCAGAGAUGAUCAGUGCUGUUUGACAAAAAUCUUUUCUUUUGCAUAAUAUAAUUAUUUAUGCUAAUAUUAACUUUAUGACUGAAAAGAAAGAAAGCAGACGUCACCCGAUGUGUAAUAAAGUCUGUUAAAUACUGUUUGAGUAUUUUUUAAGGAUAAAAAAUACAGUAUUUUUAAAAAUUCAUAGUUUCAACUACCAUUCUGUGCCAAACCAUUUUCACCAAUUAUCAUCUAGAAUUGGAUUGAAUUGUUCACAUGCCUUUAGAAGAGAGUGGAAAAAGGGACUAUGAUUAUACUAUUUCUGCCUUUAUUUAUUUUGACAAUAAAUAUAUUUUCCAGGACGACUAUAUACAAGCCUUCUUUUAAAGGGACACUGUCAGGUUAAAAAAACUAAAUGCUUACGCUUGCAGCAUGAGUAUCCCAUUGUGGGCCCAUCCAUACACACGUUGCAGGAUCAUCUCCUUUGGUCCUUAUCGUUGUGUUAAACCUUUCGAUUAUUUAAACUGAAAAACAAAUCUAAUUGACUUUUUCUGUUUCUGCUUUUCUUGCGUUUUGCAUUUCUCAGCUUGAGCAAAGGAAGGUCUAGUCAGUUUCAUUAUUUCUAGUUAAUUUUACUUUCAUGUUUUCCUGCACUAGCCCAAGCAGGGGCUAGUAAUGGGGAUGCAACUGCUUCAGGGAGUUGUUUAUUUACAUUUGUUUCCAUUAGCGAUUUUAAACAAAGAAUGGGACUAGCUAUGAUAGUUUUAGGCUUUGUGAAUGAUUAGCAUGGGGGUGCCUGUUUUACAAAACUAAAUGGAGAUUUUUGACCUGACGUUGUCCCUUUAAUUCAAUAUUAUAUUGGGAGUAGCAUAUGUUUCCCACCACAAGAGUGCAUUUUCUUAUUGAGCUGGCUUAACUAAAAUCUUGGCCAUUGUACAGAGGUUUUUUUCCCCUUUUAUGAGUAAUCAGUUUUCAGAAAUCUUGCAAAAUAAUCUUGUUGAAAGUAUUUAAAUGGAAGGCUGCAUAAAGAACACUGAAGUCAUCAAUUCAUCCUCACACGACCUCUCUCUUUGACCAACAUCAAAACCAACAAAAAAAAACCCCAAACCCAACAACAAAAAACAAACAAACCACCACACAUUGUUCAGCAGCUUGUUCAUUUCAGAUGUUGGUGAUGAGAAAAUUAAUUUUCUUUUUCAAAUCCAAAACUUUAGCUUAUCAUUAGCAUUUUCCCCGUAUUUUAAAUAACUUCAAUAUACACGAAAUAGAAAAUACCUCAAGGUCAAAAUUCACUGGGGCCUGAUUUUGCACCAUUGAAGUCAACUGGUGCUUUGCCACUUCCUUCGGUGGGCACAGAAUAAGACCAAUAGUGAAUAAGCAACAGUGUAAAUAAAAUACCCAGUAUUGCUGUAGGGUCUUUCCACUGACAACCAAACGGAUGAAACGUAGCGACUUCGUAUUAAUUCUGUUCCUUAAAACAAAAGAAAAUGAUUGCCCAAUCAAUUCUUGUUUAUACUAUACUAAUAAUGGAAAAAUAAAAGCUUUUAUCAUGUAUUCCACCAGUCUCAUCAAGAACAAAAACAGCACUACCAUCUUCAUCGGGAUUGCGAGGCGU